AGUUUAAAAAAAAAAAGACCACACUCACAGAUGGAAGGUAGAAACAAGAAGAGGAGCAGAGGGAAAACAAUGUCUGCCUCGAUGCAGAAUCAUUGGUCACAAGUUACACCAUUUCCUUAAGGACUUCAUUUAUUCAAAGACCUCCUUGCCAAGGGCUGGCCAGUAAGCAGACAUCACUCCUGCCUUUGCCAUCAGAUGACAUCAAGAUACAAUUAAAAACAAGGGGCUGAGAUACUUCCACCGGCUGGAUCUCCGGAGGCAGGCAGGCAGGCAGGCGGUGCUUGCGGGUUGGCGCGUGCCAAGCUCCUUUCCCAGCCCCGCCGCAGACGCUCGAAGCGGGGGAGUGCGGCACGCGACGCGAACGGCGCUGCUGCGGCGAGGUGCUCUGGAGAGACCGGGGAGUGUGGCGGGGGACCUCACAGGCACUGCGGCCACAGGAGAGCGCGGGAGUCACCAUGCCUCCUCUGAAAGUCUGCAUCAUCGGAUCCGGCAACUGCUCUGUCUUUCAGCUUGUCUUCCACUCGUCUUUGUCUGCUUGGUUUGGCCUUGGGCUUUGAUGUUGGCUCCAGGCUAGCUUCCUGAUUGAUCCUGGUUCCUGGUUGGUUGUCUUGCUCCUGCUCCCUGCUGCAGAAGUGAAGCUUUCAUGAGGCAAGGGGAUCUGCCAUUGCAAAAAUUGUGGGGAAAAAUACCCAGAAUUCCAGCAUGUUUGACCCCACUGUAAAGUUAUGGGUAUUUGAAGAAGUAAUCAAUGGGAGGAAACUCACAGAGAUAAUUAAUAAGGACCAUGAAAAUGUGAAAUACCUUCCAGGGCAUAAGAUACCUAAUAACGUGGUUGCUGUAGCAGACCCAGCAGAAUCAGCAAAGGAAGCAGAUCUUCUCAUAUUUGUUAUACCUCAUCAGUUUGUUCCUAAAAUAUGUGAGCAGCUUGCUGGCCAUAUAAAACCAGGAGCCAUUGGGAUUACCCUAAUCAAGGGUGUAGACGAGGGGCCGCAAGGAUUGAAACUCAUAUCAGACAUAAUUCGAGAGAAACUGAAGAUAGAAGUCAAUGUACUCAUGGGAGCCAACAUAGCGAAUGAAGUGGCAGAUGAGAAAUUUUGUGAAACGACCAUUGGCUCCAAAAACGCCAAGAGUGGGAAGAUCUUUAAAGAAUUAAUGCAAACCCCAAAUUUCAGAGUUACUGUGGUGGAUGACUGUGACACUGUGGAAAUCUGUGGAGCCUUAAAAAACAUCGUGGCAGUAGGAGCUGGGUUUUGUGAUGGCUUGAGCUGUGGUGACAACACCAAGGCAGCUGUGAUUCGUCUGGGACUCAUGGAAAUGAUUGACUUUGCCAAACUCUUCUGUAAGGGCCCUGUAUCAAUCAAUACAUUUCUAGAAAGUUGUGGGGUUGCUGAUCUGAUCACCACAUGCUAUGGUGGACGCAACAGGAAGGUGGCUGAAGCCUUUGCACGCGGCGGAAAAUCCAUCGAGCAGCUGGAAAAAGAAAUGUUGAAUGGGCAAAAGCUACAAGGACCCCAGACAGCAGCUGAAGUGUACAAAAUCCUGAAGCAGAAGAACAUGAUUGACAAGUUUCCACUAUUUGCAAGUGUCUACAUGAUCUGCUAUGAAGGAAAGGCUGUCAAGGAGUUCAUAACUUGUCUGCAGAAUCAUCCACAGCACAACUAAGAUGCUGUUGGGGCUCAUCGGUUAAGUAUCCCUUUGGUGAAGGCAUCUAUCAACUUGACCAUGAUGAAUAAAAGCAAACAAAUCCAAGAUAACUUGUGCCUAAUGUUUACUGCUUACAACCUGUAUAGAAAAGUGUAAUAUGGUAAUUGUCUCGAUUGAGAAUGAAACAGGUCAGACUGUAUUUUAGUAUUAGUUUCAACAGCCAGGAAGUAGAAGUGCUAAAUAUCCUUUCAUGAAUUUAAUGUAAGGUGUCAUUUUAGAGCAAUUCUGAGAGCUGCAGAGUUGGAACAGAAGAAAGUGCCUCAUAGAUACGUAAUACUUCUGAAAGAUCACUAUCUAGCCAUUUAUUGAGAACCUUCUCAAGCAAAAUUCUACAACCUCCUGAAAAAACUGAAUGGCUCAACUGCUCUUAUUAAUUUAACCUAGAUCUAAGUAGAGUUUAAAACCACUAGAAGCCUGAAGCCAAAGAACUGGCUGGUGAAUUCAAAUCAGUGUGGAAUUCAGCUGUGUCCCACACCCUGAUCCUUUUUACCCUUGUUGCCCUCUUGACACAUCACAAUGCUACAAUGACAGCAGAAUGCUCAAUUGGCAAAAUUCCCUUUCCACGAGACUCUUAAAGAUACCAGGUCUGUGGCUCACAGUCCCCAGCCCUCCCUUGAUUGUCUCCUCCUCUUACUAAGCCCUAGGCAAGGAUUUGUCACACCCCUACUAUUUCCUAGGGGUGUGCAAUUCUAUUUGGUGAAGCAGGUCAAGUUGGAGGCAAUUUGCAAAUUAAACUCUGAAUCGAGUCUUCCUCACAAUAGAGGACCUGAUUUGGGGUCAAAGCAAAUCACUCCUGAUCUGACCCAAAUCGAUUUGAAUGCCAUUUUGAGGCCCAUUUUGCUGUAAAAGCUGGCCUCAAGAUGGCACUUUUUUCUGGGGAGAGCUGGUCUACCAAUUGAGAGCGGUGGGUAGACCAAUCCUCCGAAUCUGAUCUAGAAUGUAGACGUGCCAAGUCUGGAGCAGAGGGCUGGUCUAGCCACUGACCUCUACUGUUGGACCAGCUCUCCCUGGGGGGAAAAUGCCAUUUUGAGGCCCAUUUCCCCAGUAAAACAGGCCUCAAAAUGGCACUUCGAUCACCUCUGUCGAAUAGAUUUGAGUGAUUAAUCAAGACAGACAGCCAAUCUGGCUGUUCAACGAAUCUGUUAGAUGAUUCUGUGAUUCAAUCUUAAAUUGAAUUGCAGAAUUUGAUUCAUAGACACCUCUACUGUGUGGAAAUGUUGUUGUAAUAUGUCCAGCCAGUAGGUGGCACUAGCACUUGCUAGUAGUAAUCCGAAUUGGGAAGUGGAGUCCCUUCCUACCUGUACUUCUUAAACUUGUUUCUUCCUGUAACACAAUAAAGAAGUCUUAGCCCAUAA